AUGAGUGAAAGUAAUAGUAGCAGUAGCAGAGUCACUUGGGAAGGUUGCAGCGUCUUGCUUGAUAUCAACGACGGAGACCGGCUCGUUUUCGCUCGUCUCUCUCCCGCAGCGAAGUUGAAGAUUGGGAAUAAAAACUGCUCUCUGCAACCCUUAAUUGGUCGUGCCUUCGGUACCGUUUUUCAAGUGGAUACCGCACCCAAUGGACCUUAUCUCUCUCCCGCACAAGUUAAUGUUAAUAAUGCUGAGGAAAUAGGAGAUGGUCAAGGGAAUAAUGAGAUGGACAAAGUUAAUGUUAAUAACGCUGCACAAGCAAGAGAUGGUGAAGUGAAUGUUGAGUCGAGGGACAAUCGAGCAUUGGUUGACAAUAAUACCGCACAAAGUCUGACUGGUGAAGAUAUAGAAGCCAUGCGAAGGCAAGGUGCAAGAGGUAACGAAAUAAUCGAAGCUCUCAUUGCCAAUAGUGCGACAUUUGAAAAGAAAACAUCAUUCUCUCAGGAGAAAUAUAGACUUAAGAAGCAGAAGAAAUAUGCACCAAAAGUACUUAUGAGACGUCCUGUUGCACGAAGUAUAUGUGAGGCCUAUUUUAAGAAGUAUCCAUCAAAAAUUGGAUUCUUGCGGGUAGACACAUUGUCCCUUCUCCUUUCCAUGGCUAACGUUUCUUCAAAUUCUGAUAUUCUCGUAGUUGAUAUGGUUGGUGGCCUUCUUACUGGUGCUGUGGCAGAACGUUUAGGAGGUACUGGUUUUGUAUGCAACUCAUAUUUUGGGCAGGCACCAUAUUCCAUGGAUAUCGUGAGGAUAUUUAACUUGAGUGAUGAAAUCUGCAAGAGAAUUCUACGUUCUCCCAUUUCUGACUUGUUACCAAAAGAAUCACCUGAACAAGUUCUGGAACAUGAUGUCUGCAAUGUGGAAAGUCAGUCAAAUGAUCAAACAUCUGCAUUGGCCAGCAUGGAUGAAAUCUCUCAUUCAUCGGAAAAUGGAAUUUCUGAUAUUGGGAUAGAGAAUACUGAACCUGCUAUAGAAAUUCGGAAAGCUCCAAAGGCUGGAGAGAGGCCACAGAAAGAAAUCAUUGAUUCGUGGAGGGAAAAUGGGUUUUCUAGUUUAAUUGUUGCUGCCCCAGAAUUGGAUGCUUGGACACUGGUUAGAGAUCUCUUGCCCCUUUUAGCGAACUCUGCUCCAUUUGCUAUUUAUCACCAAUAUCUUCAGCCUCUUGCAACUUGCAUGCACAAUCUACAGCUUGAGAAAAUGGCCAUUGGAUUGCAAAUAUCAGAGCCUUGGCUGCGUGAAUACCAGGUACUUCCAUCUAGAACUCACCCAUGCAUGCAAAUGAGUGCAUUUGGGGGCUAUAUUCUCAGUGGAACUAAGAUAUGCAACAGCACAGCUAAUUCCAGUUCUAACAGAACAGUUUUGCUUUGA